AUGACUGGAGCCCUGCAUAUUGGACUCAUAUUCUUGUCGUUUAUGGUGGUAUGUGAGAGUGAGCCAACACAUGCUAGGCCAGACAGAGGGGGGGGCUCACAUGGACAAUCCAGACUGGUCCAUCUAACGUCUCACUCAGCUUUCCAGCUGGUCAAUGAUUCACUGGCCUUUUUUAGGGCUGUCAGUUACUGCAGAGGCCAGUUCAGCUCCCUUGCCACCCUGUACCAGUCAGAGGACCGGGAAGGGGCCUUAGAGCUGCUUCAACAGACUGGACUUCACUCACCUAUCUGGGUCAGGGACCCUAGCAAAGCAGCCUACAAGCCUGUGGCCCUCGCCAAGCAGUAUUCACAGUUUUCAGCUCUAAACUUCCCAAAGGAAUCCCGUGAGGGCUUUGCUCGUGUCAACAUGUCCUUCCCUGCCCUAUCAUCUGUCAGUGUGUGUGUUCGAGUUCAGUGGGACACAGAGUGGAAUGAGGUGUCCACCAUUUUCUCCUACGCUGCACCUGUCUUUACCAAUGAGUUCCAGCUGCGAGGCCAAGUGGACAUGCAGGAACGCAUCCUCCUGGCGCUCAUCAUUCAUGGAAAGCACCUGCCAUAUAAGGCGUCCUUCCCCAAUGACGGAGCAUGGCAUCACAUCUGUGUCACAUGGCGCCGCAGCAGUGGCCACUGGGCUAUCUAUGUGGAUGGGGACAGGAAGGACAUGGGUUCAGGCACAGACACUUCCAGGGAUAUCCACGGAGAUGGGAUACUCAUUCUAGGUCAGGACCAAGACUCCUUUGGAGGGAAUUUUACAGAGCCCUUUUUUGGAACUAUCACUGACCUGAAUGUCUGGAAUAUGUCUCUGGAAACAAGGCAUGUUAGUGCCCUCAAUGCAUGUUCACCCAUGAACCAGGAAGUGCUUUUCAGUUGGAACCUAGACCACCUAAGCAGCCACCCAGUGGUCAAAGAGGUGCAGGCCCUUCUAUUUUGCUCAGCAGUGCACCAGCAGAUGGAGCUGCAAGGCUGCAGGACGUUGCAGAGCUGGUCAGAUCAUCUUCCACUCUUCGGCCUGACAGACUGCUCUGAUCCACUGCCAUUCAUCUGCUGGAGCAGCAGAGAGCGUUACCUGAAGAUAAAGCAGAUGAGUGAUUCUCAGAGCUCUCAGCCAACUGCCUUUAUGAACCAUCUGGUGAAGAUUUCCAACAAAACCCAGCCAGUGCUGGGGCAGCAACCAUCAGGGCUGAGCAGCCUGGCCCAAGCAUCCAACCUGCUGGACAUCUCUGUCCAGGCCUUGGAGGACACCCAGCAAGACGGACUGCAGCCUACAGACAUGGUGUCCCUCAUCCAGUUACUAUCACUGGCUGCUGAUGUCCCCACACAGCCACUUGCUGAUGUCAACAACCAUAGCCAGGAUAGCAUCCAGCUCAGCCAGCACUUCAUCAGUGUGGCCGACAGCGUCAUCAGUGAAGAUAAUGUGAUCAAGUGGCAGGCCAUUCGAGAGGUGGUGAAUGGCCCCAUGGAUGUGGUCAAGAUUAUUGACCGGAUGGUGACCAACCUGACCCCUCGCUUGAUGGCAGAGACUGAUCACCUAACCAUUCACAGCCACAAUAUCAAACUGGAGGUUCAGCAGCAGACGCUGCAGGAAGGAUCCAGAGGAUCGAGAUUCUGUGGGCCUAAGACAAAGAAACAGACCAACAUAGACUGUAUUUCAGUCCCACAUCAGAAGAUACAGGAUCUCCAUAACAACGGCUUCCAUAAGCUCACGAUGGUCAACACGUGGUAUGGCUCUCUGCGGCCUCUUUUCAGUCCUGAGGAGAACAUCACCAUGGUUCCUACCGUCACUGAUGGCAGCCAGAGGUACCUGGGCACCGUCCUGGGCUCUUCUGUCAUAUCCACCACAGCGCUGGGAGAUGACCAGCCAGUUAGCAUGGCAGUUCGCUUUCAGCUACAGCACAGAGUACAGAAUCCCACUGGUACUGUAUAUGAUCCAGUCUGUGCCUUCUGGGAUUUUGAUCUCACUCCGGAGGCUGGUGGUUGGUGGAAUACCAAAGGCUGUGAGGUAGUGUCCAAAGAAAAUGGAUACACUGUGUGCCACUGCAACCACACCACCAAUUUUGCAUUGCUGCUGCAGGUUUAUGAAGCCCAGAGGAGCCCAGAGAACGAAAACGCUCUGCAGGUGCUGACGUUCAUCAGCUGUGGAAUAUCUCUGUGUGGCCUCCUCUUCACCUUCAUCCUCUUCAUUGCUGUGGGUGUCCCUAAAUCAGACCGUACAACUGUCCAUAAGAACUUGAUUGUUUCUCUGGGCACCGCUGAGCUGUUGUUGAUCUGCAGUGAUUGGGCAUCAGCCAAUGAGGCAGCAUGCUUCAUGGUGACUACACUUCUCCACCUCUUCUUCAUGGCCUCCUUCUCCUGGAUGCUGGUGGAGGGCCUGCUGCUCUGGAGCAAAGUUGUGUCUGUCAACAUCAGUGAGGACCGCAGGAUGAAGCUCUACUACAUCAUUGGCUGGGGACUACCUGUUGUGAUAGUUGGUGUAACAUUGGCAAUAUCAGUGGAUGAGUACAAGGCAGAUGAUCACUGCUGGCUCAAUGUGAAGACCGACACAAUCUGGGCCUUUGUGGGACCUGUUAUAUUUGUCUUGGUGGUCAAUGCAGUUGUGCUGUGUCGGGUUGUCAUGGUGACCGUUUCCAGUGCUCGUCGUCGUACUAAGAUGCUCAGUCCAAGCUCAGCAUCAAGGAUGCAGACCUUUGACCUCACCUGGGCUGUGACCCGUCCAGUUCUCAUCCUGCUGCCAGUGCUGGGUCUGACCUGGCUGUGUGGAGUGCUGGUCCAUCUGUCUGUUGUAGUUGCCUAUGUCUUCAUUGCUCUCAAUGCAUUCCAGGGCCUGUACAUCUUCUUAGUGUAUGCUGUUUACAACAGUGAGGUGAGGAAUGCCAUAAAGAGGAUCAAAGAAAAGAGAAAAGCCUUAUCUUUCACGAACUGUUCCCAGCCAAUCAACUUCCUGCCUACCCAAAGGGCCCCGGUUACCUCCUGGUGCCGCAAUCCAACAACCCUAUCCAGCCCUGAGACCAGUGACACCUCUGGACCCCCCAGCUCAACCUCCACGUCACUGGUCAUCAAGAAUGAGAGUUUCAGAAAGGAAAGCUUUGUGAGUUUCUCUUUAAAAGCAACAUCAGGAAACCAAGUGGUCCAGCUGACUGGGUUCAAACCAUCAGGUUGUUGAACUGCCAUUGGAGUGGAACCUGAUACCGAAUUACUAUAAACAUGCAUCAACCUGAAAGACGGGGGAACUGGACACACACAUCCACAGAUCCCACCUGAAGAAGUGCACAGCCAACAUACCCACACUCAUCUGGGAAGGAGAGUGUGGGAGAAAAUGAGCAUGAAGGAAAGUUGAAGUAGUGAGCUCAACCUUUCUUCACACUAUCACUGCUCUGUUCUGAGGUCAGAUCAAUAUUCUGAUCUGAACUCUACUCAUUUACCUAACACAGCAUAUCUCUUUAAUUGUUUUGUCUAAAAAAUAUACUAAUUUCCCCCUUCCCAUUAUCCCUUGUUGCCUGAUAGUGUGAGCAGGUGAAUUGACUUUAGCUUCCUGUUUUGGAAGCUAAAGCUAAAGAAAACACAGCUUACUGUGUCACAGCAACCUUAGAGUGUAAGUUCAUCCAAAUCACAAAUCAGCUUUCAGUACAAUGGGAUACUGUUUUGGUUUUUUUUUGUUUUCUUUUGUGAUGUUACUGUUUUUGAUUACAAACACAGUUGUCUGUUGGACCUCCAUGAUUUGAGAAGCAACAGUUGCCAUGAGUUUAAUUUCAUUAAAAUUACAUGCACUAAAAAUUAUCUCAUCAGCACAUAUAUGUAACAAAUUUUAAUACUAGGCUUCAUUCUCAUUCUUCUGUCCUCAUGUUUCAUGUAAAUAGCUCUACAAUUCAAAACUAAUUCAAACCUAUGGUCCAUGACCUGUCUUUUAGUUACCAUACAUUUUUAGCAUGGACACCCAAGUUUAAAAAGGUCUUGCUGAAAUAGUGUGUUUACAGUCAUACUGUACUGUAAAUAGAUGAUUACAUAAAGCACUAGAUAAAACUGUAUCCUUACGAAUCAACAGGCAUGGAGCUGUAAAAAACAACCAGACAGCAAUAUGAUACUGUGAAUGUAUAACACAGAUGCUUGCAUUAACAUCCCAGAGACAUUCUAGAGACUUGAGAAACAGGAGGUAAAUGUUCUGUUGCAGUCUUAUUCCUCCCUUGUUGUAUAUUAUUACAAGCACCAGCCAUUUUAACUCUCCCCUAUCUUCCCAACAUAAGAUAGCACAAUAAGCUGAAGGCUCAAACAGUUACAACAUGCUGAAUGUCUGUGGAAAUCCCAGAGGUCUGUGUGCCUCUGCUGGGCUUGUAGAUAGCCUGACCUGCCAGGAUAAACAACAGCCACACUAUGGCUGCUGUUUUGAAUCUUGUAGUAUGAGCUCUGCACAACUGAUGAAUGUUAUGCAAUAAUAGCCGACACACAA